AUGAGUAACGAAUCUGGAAAUUCGAGUGGAACCUCUGCCGGUCGAGCAAGAGGUAGGGUCGUUGGUGUGCCAAAGAGAUGUUGGUGUGGGGAAUUGGUGGUGUCGUUGAUGUCCAAGUCUACAGCAAAUCCUUACAGGAAAUACUAUCGAUGUGCAUUUGCGGCUGAGAAAAGGCUGAGUAACGAUAAUCACACAUACAAAUGGGUUGAUGAGGCGUUGGUUGAUGAGGCAGAAGCAUUGAAAAUUCAAUUAGGCAGACUUGAGCAGACAAUAGUUCAUGAGCGUGCAGAAGAAGAGAGAAAGAGGUUUGCAGAGUUUGAAAUGAAGUUAGAGACAGAGGUUUUUAACAGAAUGGAAGAUGCCAUUACUCAAGCCAAAUGGGAGAUCAAGAAAGUGAUGGGGAUUGUUGUUUUAGGAUGCUUGAGCAUGGUUGUGGUAUCUAAGCUAAUAUAG